GCGGGGCCUGAGAGCGCAGCCGGAGGCUGAGGAGCGGGCCGCUGCUGGGACCUUCUCCAGGCCGGCGCCUUUAUUACCUCUGCCUGGUUUUGUUCAUGUUCUGAGGAGUCUGUGAAAAGGAACCAUGGAUCCUACAGCAUUGGUAGAAGCCGUGGUGGAAGAAGUGGCCUGUCCCAUCUGCAUGACCUACCUGAGGGAGCCUGUGAGCAUUGACUGUGGCCACAGCUUCUGCCACGGUUGUCUCUCCGGACUCUGGGAGGUUCCAGGGGAAUCCCAGAACUGGGGCUACACAUGUCCCCUCUGCCGGGCUCCUGUCCAGCCCCGGAACCUGAGGCCCAAUUGGCAGCUGGCCAGUGUGGUAGAAAAAGUCCGUCUGCUAGGGCUGCACCCAGGAAUGGGGCUGAAGGGUAAUGUGUGUGAGCUCCACGGGGAACAGCUAAAGAUGUUCUGCAAAGAGGAUGGCCUGAUCACAUGUGAGGCGUGCAGCCGGUCUCCUGAGCAUGAGGCCCACAGUGUCGUGCCCAUGGAGGAUGUCGCCUGGGAGUAUAAGUGGAAACUCCACGAGGCUCUGGAACAUCUGAGGAAAGAGCAAGAAGAGGCCUGGAAGCUGGAAGUUGGUGAGAGGAAACGAACUGCCACCUGGAAGAUGCAGGUAGAAACCCGAAAGCAGAGUAUCAUGUGGGAGUUUGAGAAGUAUCAGCGAUUGCUAAAGAAAAAGCCACCAGGUCGGCAGCUGGACGUAGAGGCAGCCACAGCUCUAGCCAGCUUGGAGCAGGAGGAGAGGGAGACCAGACAGAAACUGGAGUUGAAUCACGACGCACUCAUCCAGCAGAGCCGGGUCCUGUGCAGGCUGAUUGCAGAGCUUGAAGAGAGGUCUCAGAGGCCUGUCCGAUGGAUGCUGCAGGGUAUUCGGGAAGUCUUAAACAGGAGCAACUCUUGGAACCUGCAGCGGCCAGAACCAGUCUCCCUGGAGCUGAAAACGGUUUGCUGUGUGCCAGGCCUAAGAGAGAUGCUGAAGACAUAUGCAGCUGAUGUGCGUCUUGAUCCAGACACUGCUUAUUCACGCCUCAUCGUGUCUGAGGACAGAAAAUGUGUACGCUAUGGAGACACCAAGCAGAAACUGCCUGACAAUCCCGAGAGAUUCUACCGCUAUAAUAUCGUCCUGGGAAGCCAGUGCAUCUCCUCAGGCCAGCACUACUGGGAGGUAGAGGUGGGAGACAGGUCUGAAUGGGGCCUAGGAGUGUGUAAGGAAGAUGUGGACCGGAAGGAGGUGGUCUAUUUAUCCCCCCACUAUGGAUUCUGGGUGAUAAGGCUAAGGAAAGGCAAUGAGUACCGGGCAGGCACCGACGAAUACCCACUCCUGUCCUUGCCAAUCCCUCCCCGACGGGUAGGCAUCUUCCUGGAUUAUGAGGCCCAUGACAUCUCCUUCUACAAUGUGACUGACAACGGCUCCCACAUUUUUACUUUUCCCCACUAUCCCUUCCCUGGGCGCCUUCUGCCCUAUUUCAGUCCUUGCUACAGCAUUGGUGCCAACAACACCGCUCCUCUGGCCAUCUGCUCCCUGGACAGGGAGGACUAAGAGAGCCAUCAUCCCAGCCAGAAGCCUCAGAAUUUCACCUGGGCCACAGGAAUCUUGGAGGGCCCUGCCCCUGCUGAGGGUCCCCUUCCAUUGAAAUGAGCCUAGAAUUUGGGGAUUCCUCUCCCUUGCCCAGGGGCCUGCUGUUCCUGGGCUAGAGUCUUUCACUAAACCGCUCAUGUGAAAGAGGUGAGGCUUAGUCAAAUGAGCAUUGUUCCCUGUGAGGGAAACAUGAGAGGGCCAAUGGUGAGGAUCAGAGUGGGGUCAGAGUGGCUCUAACAAUGACGACUUCUCCUUUCUGUAGCUCUGGCCCCUCUUUUUCAGUCCCUGUUAUUGCCAUAAUUCAGUCAGUAAGGACAAUGAAGUAGAUCCAGCCUUCUGGAAACCUAUUGGAUAGGGUUUACCAACAAGCCAGAAUACUGUUCAUAUCCAGACCUGGCCGCUGUGCUAAAGCCCAUUGAAGGAGACCUCUCCUGUGGUUUGCUGCAAAUGAGCGAGUGUUUGACCCCAGCUCUCCGAGGUGUAAAGCAUAGAAAUGCAGUGCAGAUUGCCCAGACUGUCCCAGUGGUCCUCCCCCUCUGAGCACGAGCUGGACACACCACUGUGUACCAGACUCUGAGGAGACCUGUGUCUUGGUCCUGCCCUUCUCUCUGAGUGACAGGAUCAGAAAACCUGUGAGCUGUGUUUUACUUUUCAUUUUAUGGGUUAGAAAACUGAAAUGGCCUUACUAGAGCAAGUUUUUUCUCACAAAGCUGUUGCAAGAAGAUUGUAAAGAUUAUAAAGUGUUUCUCACAUUUAAAUGAAAAAAGGUCGACAGACUCAGGUCACAUGUCUGCAUGUCAUUCAUUACAUUUGGGUCUGAAACUUCCCACUCGUUUGGAAGAUGUUUUGUCCUACAUGGAGAAAUGGGUAGAGGGGCUGCAUAUCUCCUACCUCACAGGGUUGUUGUAAGGAUCUCAGAUCCAUCCCAAACUUGUGUUCCUUGCUCAGGGACAGAGGAAGGCAUGCCAUGGAUAUUGCCUGUGUAGCCUUCCUAUCUCUCCUUCUCAGCCAGCAUCUUGCAGCAGGGCCUAUGUGUCUCAGGGCCUGUCCUGACAGUCAAGAGCCCUUUAGAUGGAAUGUGGCCAUACCAGGGGCAUACUGUGGGUCCCAGUAAUAUAUUGUGAAUCUAUUUUCUUGUAUAUUUGUCUUCUCUGCACUAGAGUUGGGGCUGUGACUGCAGGGUAGUGGAAAUAAUUUUUAAAAGAAAAAAUACGCAGGAAGGAAGGCUCACUCACCCACAAACUAGCUAAGCCAAAGUUUGGCUCUUUUGGUGUCACCAAGGGAAUCCACAUGGUUCUGGUAACUACCUAACGUUCUCCCUGCCUUUGUCUUCUCUAAAGCUAUGGGGAAAGGAAGUGUAGGGAAAAGAGCAGAACUAGGCACAAGAAGCCAGUUGUGGAGCCAUAUGUUAUAGUGAAAGAGAAAUUAAGACCAUAUAUCUGUGCUGUUGACCUAAAAGUAAUGCUGUGUGUGGCAAAAAUAAUUCGCUGCAGGCCUUAAGAGUAUGAUGUGGAAAUAACUGUCUGGAAACAAAGUGCAAGGCUAGCAUGUGAGAGUUAAUGGCUUUACCUGUUGUGAGAGGCUACAGUAUGUGCCUCACAGAUUGUCACAAUGACUGUUUGACACCACCUCUGAUGUAGUUUAGACAUGAAGGUAGUGACUGUUUGGGUAGGAUUGAGCAGCAACGAAGAUACUAGGUGAUGUAUGGACAGAAGCAAAGUAAUUCCUAUAAUAAAUAAUAGCAAAAAUUGUCUUUAUAAUUUUAUUGUAUUGGUCAUUAACAUGUGAAGGAGGAGCCCCGGCUGGGUAUUCAGUUGUUGGAGUGUCCCAUACACCACCAAAACAUUGCGGGUUCAAUUCCCAGUUAGGGCACAUACGUAGGUUGCGGGUUUGAUUCCCAGUUGGGUUACAUAUGGGAGGCAACCAAUCCAUGUUUCUCUCUCUCUUUCUCUUCCCAUCCCCUCCCUCUCUCUAAACAUAUCCUCAGGUGAGGAUUAAAAAAAAUGAAGGGGGUAAAACAGGCCAAAAUGGGGAAAUAAACUCAUUCCACCUACCAUGCUUCCAAGUCACUUCUUAAGUAUUAGCAGUAGAAGGGGAAUGGACUAGUAAGUCACAGGCCUGGUCUCAGCAACGGGCUAAGUUGACCUACAGUAGAGAGACUGCCUUUGAGUGGGAGGAACACACAAAGUGGUCCAGGUGGGUAAAAUGCAGGUAGCCAGGUAGCAAUGUGGAGGGUUGAGUGCCUGGGGAAUUGUGUAUAGACUUGAGGAAUAGGUUCUUUAGGAAGUGCUUCCCAUUAUCUGUCUUCAGACAGUUGGCAAAAGAGGCUUGGGACAAAUCAAUAUUGUUCUUUCCUAUGGUUUUCUUAGGGUAAUCCUUGGAAGGUUCAGAGAAAAGAUUAUUAGGUGAUAAAUUCCUUCAAACCUAGAAUGAAUUAAGGAGUGGAAUGGCUUCAUUUAUAGUAUACUAUUUGGGGCUUUGGUUGUUGGGGGUUUUUUUUUCCCCCAUU